ACAAAGUUUGUAUUUUCAUCUGGAUUGUUAAAAGCCUAUAAUUAUAAGCUAGAGACGAAUACAAUGUUUAAAAUGGGCUAUAAACCUUCAUUGACAUUAUACUCUGCAUUGCAUCGUGGGUAUGGACGACAAACAAGCAGUUUAUGCAGUUUAUGCACAAACCUAUGGGACAGGAAAAUGACAUUACACAAUUUUCUGGGAAUCCAGUUUUUGCCAACUUCCAUUUCCCAACCUGUUCAGCAUAGGAAGGAUAUCAUUGCUCAGUCAUGGUAUACUACUACUAGUCACAGUUUACAACAAAUGGGCGUGAUUUCCUGGUACGUAGGCCAACAAUACCUGGGCUGUACAACGCAAACAGUCGCGGCAGUAUGUUGGUAGUUGGACACGAGUCAUGCAUACACAUAGCACAGUAGCUUUCACAAAGGAGAUUUGCAUGUACAAUAACAAGAAAGCUAAUUCUUUCCACUGAGUGCCACCAAUUGUGUAGGACCUCUUAAAUGACCUUUCGACCAUUUAUGAGGACUAAGAAGGUACCGUAUGUAUUUCACUGAUAGUUAUGUCAUGAUUUCAGUAUGAUGUUUUAGUGGAACCGUUGAAAAAUGCUACCACGAUAUCAUGGAGACUGACUGACAUGUUUAUAUUGUAUUGUACAUCAUACAUGUAGCAUAAAACCAGGAAGUAUACAUGUAGCUGCAGCGAUAUGUUUCCUGACCUUCACUGCGUUGGAGCCCCUGAACCGGACUCGACCCUUCAGAUGGACGUGCAACGUACGUAUAACCAUAAUGAACUCUGAUCCCAGUGCGAAGGACAGACUCCGAUGGCAGUGCUAGCAGGCUACAUAAUAUAGUGCCAGUUAGUUCGCUGACCAUGAAGCAAGGAUGAACUUCGUGUUUACAUGUGCACAAUAGCCAGUGUGUUCACGAACCAUCAUACGCACUAGUGCUAGAGUUCAGUGGAGUUGACGUUUGUAAAUAUACAAGUUUCGUAAAUAUACGAAAUAUGCAAGUCAUGUCAGCGUCAUCACUGUGAAACGAAGUGUGACCACUCGUAGUUAUAGCAGUCAGCCAAAAUAAUUAUAUUUAUGCAUUCCGCAUUAACACGAAUAGGUCAGUACAGACAUACAGACUAUGCUAGCCGACUGUGAUGACGUGCGGCUAGACCGGCCGCCACAACUUGACCCAAACGGUCUGAUGACGUAGCCGGUCAAUGCCUAUGUGCAGUUCAGCACGUAGACUACAGACUAUUAUAUAGGCGGACACUGUGACGUGUGGACGUACACAGCGCAUGAGAAAAUAGAGUACCACAACAACACUGAUAUCGCCGUGUGUUCACGAACAUGCUGGCAGGAUCUGGAGGGUCGCCGGACCAUGUAGAUAGCGGAGAAUUUGCGCUUAUAAACAUUUCGCCGCUCGCAAGACCCAAUAUGACCGCCAACACCCUGACGAACGGAGGAGCUGAUACGGACCUAAAUGGAACAGAGACUACAUUGGAGAUGGCAAAUACACCGGUGAAGUCGAGUAGGAUGAAAAAUAUGCCGAGACCGCCGCCGAUCGACAUUGAACUUGCCCGCUGUGUGGAUCAAGAUGUCCUGGAUUGCGAGUUUGACGAUUGCAGUUCGGCUUCCUCGGAGGACAGGCCUCGUUAUGCUGAAAAUGAGGACAUGACAGAGGAGGACUCGGGGUCCUCACUUUGUGUGGCCUCCCCCCAGAGUAUCAGCUCGCCAACUGUGACCUCACCGGCAAGUGUGGCCUCUUCCUCUGACACAACGGAUACUGGUAUUCUCAGGCGGAAAUCUUCCAUCAAAGACAGCAGUAAGACACCGGAGACCCCGGGCGGAAAGUCGGUGCGGUUUGCUGAUGCCCUGGGCCUGGACCUGGAGACAGUUCGGGAUAUUUUGGAGUCCGAGUCGCCCCCAGAUUACCCAUCGAUGGCUGCCGCUGCUUGUGCGGCUGCAGCGGGCCUCGAUGCGUCAGGCCGGACGGUCGCUCUGUCGAUCCAGCCCCGCUACCUCUCCAUGUCAUUCAUACAACCCGGAGGUCAACCGGAUUUCAUAACGCGCGUGAACCAACAAGGGGUCUGCUUGGAGAACGCCAUACUUUCGGAUUUCACCGUGUUGGGGACGAUCAAGGUGCAGAACUUAAGCUACCACAAGAGAGUUAAGGUGAGGUACUCCUCAGACGGAUGGAAAAGCUUCGGGGACAUCCCGGCGUCGUACGUUCAGAACUCCUGCGACGGCCCCACCGAUCGAUUUUCCUUCGGCCUGACGGCACCUCGCGACAUGGCAGUUGGGGAUCGCCUGGAAUUCUGUCUAUGCUACACGGCAGGCAGCAAGGAAUAUUGGGACAACAACUUCGGUAAAAAUUAUGCUCUGGUUUGCCAUACACAGGGUGAAGUUAUCGACGCCGAAAACUCUCUCCUGUGGACGCAUUUCUUGUAAGUCUCAAGUUUUUUGGUUGAAUCUUAGCCUCUGAGGGCUCCCUUCAAUUAAAAAACUUGACUCUUUAACUUGACCAGAAAAUUAAACAUUGUAUACAAAGUGUAAUUGUGUAAAUGCUACAUAACUUAUGCUUAACUUGGUCGAAUUUGCAAAUCUAACCAAAUGUUUGAAAUACUUUUGAAAUACUCUUCCAGCUUGUAGAUUUUGUUCCUCCAGAUUUAGUUUAUUACAAUUUUUAUCUUUCUUUUAAGUGAUAUUUUUUAAGUUGACGUUAAUAAAUUAAGAACAAUGCGAUUGUAUCUAUUACAUCCAAAUACUCCUCAAAGUAUAUUCAAAGAGGUAAACCUAUUUUAUAAUUCUUGAUGUCGAUUUAACAAGUACUGAUAUGUUGAACAGUUGGAAAUCAAUUUAGAUUUAGAAUAGGUUAGGUUAGAAUAGUUUGCUUUUAAAACAAAAUGAAAUUAAAUAUAUUA